AUGGUAAACGCAAAUGAAUUCAAAGAUUUCAUAAAGUGGAUUCCAUAUGAAGAAUUUGAAAAUAUAGAAAAGAUCAGUCAAGGUGGAUUUGGAAAUAUUUAUAACGCUGGUUGGAUACAAGGCUCACUAUAUAUGAUUUCAAAUAAGUUCGAAAGAACUGGAAGUACUCAUGUUGCGCUCAAAAGUGGUGUUUCCUCACAACAUUUAGAAGAGAAUGGAAUCUCACUAAUCCAUCGUUGUUAUAGCUUUACUAAACUUUCUGUGUCCAAAUAUACUGAAGAAUAUAUGCUUGUAAUACAAUUAGCAGAAGAUAGUGAUUUGCUAAAAUAUUUAACUAAAAAUUUUAAUCAAAUAAGAUGGCUUGAGAAUAAAUUACCAAUUCUUGCUAAUAUUGCAAAUAGCCUUAAAAUUAUUCAUAAGGAAAGUUUAACUCAUCGUGAUCUUCAUUGGGAAAUAUUUUAA